AUGAGUGACUCGGAAUACGAUGGCCUUCUCAAUAUUGAAGUCUCCGACGCCGAGGACACGCCCGCUGAGAAGAAAGCCAAGCGCACCGGGCAGUCGGAGGAGGCAUUCCAGGCAGUGCGCAAGACGUACGUGACCAAGGUUCAAAACGGCGAUUGGCGCCAGCAACUUGGACAUCCAGGAGGUGCUGCACGCCGUCGAGGAGCUCACUUUUUCCGGCGCUACAACGAGGCCAUUGAUUUUGCUGCGCAGGUCCUGCAGGGCGAGUCGAGGGCGGCGCUGGACAGUGACUCACUGCAGCUGCUGGAAAAGUACGACGCAAAGUGCAAGGCCAAACAGGCGACGCUAGACGCCCGUACAGGCGAUGAUAGUGUCAACGCAAGCAAGGCCUGA